AUGGGCCCGCCAGCAGCAGAUGCAGCAGAGCUGUCGGUGUGCGACAACCUGUACGCGGCAUACCAACAAGACCCGGAGAGGUGCGGGCCGGAGCUGCUGUUUCAUCUCGCAAACAACCUAAAGGCCAUCGGGGAGAACGAGGCAGCUGUCAACUUCUACGCGCUUGCCAUCUCGAAGCUGCCGAGCGGGCCUGUCAACUGGGUGCUGAUCUCUAUCGCACUUGACUUCAUAGGCAAGACAAGAGAGUCUUGCCGGGCGUUUCAGACCGUCCUGAGACUGGGCCCAAACGCGCGGAUCAUCUCGUGGGUAGAAAUCUACAUGCUCUCCGCCCUCGUCAAGGUUGGUCAGUCCCGGCGUGCCAUCUUGCGGUAUGAGAAGCUCGUGGGGCCCGUCGACACUCAGACCGACGGGUCCAGGGAGUUGCUAGUCGACGCGACGUCGGGGUGGAUUACAGAUCACUCGUCAGGAAGAGUGUUUCAGAUCAACCUCAACAGAAAGGCGAUUGAGGUUGAGAAAUCUUUCUUCGAAGCGAGCUUGAAGACCCUGCGGAGAAUGGCUGCGAGGCGAAUGUUGCUCCUUCAGAGUUCAGGUUCAAGCUUGCAAGAUGAAGAGUGGGUUCAACUACAACUCACUCUCUCGCAAAAUCCGAAGAAAUGUAAACAAGCAAGGUUCCUUGUCAUCGAACUCGGCCGGCGAGACGGCAGGACAGGAAAGAUCGGGUCUGAGAUUCAUGGCUUCGGCUUCGGCGCGCAGAUGCACGUGAUGUCCGUCGCUCUCUCCUACGCCUUCCGCACCAACAGGACGCUCAUCGCACGGAGCAGGGACAACUGGUGGUACACCGAUCCUGCUGACUGCCCUUCGAGAUCGUUCCAAUGUUAUUUCGAGCCUCUCAGCAAGUGCACGGAAGAGCAGGUCAUGCGAGGGAUGAGGAGCAAGGAGAUGGACGAGCAAGGGGAGCCGUUCAAGCUGACCCAGGAGAAUGUUGACCUUGCACGUCUUCGUAGGCAGGAGGGCCGGAGAGUUCUGUUCACCGACUGCCGGCUAGACAACUACUUGAACAGGAAGGAGAAUCGAGUCUUCGUGCCUGAGAGGUUGAGACAUCGAGGGCUCAUGUGGUGGAGGUCGCAGAUCGUCAAGUUCAUGUUAAGACUCAACUGGAAGAUGCAGGCCUUGGUCAAUGGCGAGCGUCAACUUCUCCGUCUUCCUCCUCUCUUCGUCGGCGUCCACGUUCGCCAUGGCGACAAGAAGACCGAGAGCUCCGUCAUCCCCCUCGACAUGUACCUCGAGGCCGCACGCGACCUGUCAAGAGCACGGGCCCAGCUCCUCCCCAGCAGGGAACAGCAGCAACGGUACGCCAUCUAUCUCUCCACCGACGACCCUGCGGCACUCGAGGCUGCGAGGAAGUGGGGGAGGGAGGAGGGAGGGAGGAGCGACGUCGACGUGAUCUCGAGGCAAGGGGAAGUGAGGGGAGUGAGCACUGCUACGGACAAGGCGGUGGAGAUGCACAGCAUCAAUGCAACUCAGCUCGGGGUUGACGCGAUCGUCAACCUCAUGAUCCUCUCUCAGUGCAGUGACUUCGUGGGGACCUUCUCGUCCAACUUCGGUCGGCUGGCGUUCGAGCUCGCUGCUGCUGACAAGAAUCACUCGCUCAUCGGAGCGAGCAUGGACGUCUUCUGGCAUGCAUACCCCUGA